GAGUUGAAGUUUCCUCUUAAAAAUUGGUAACCUCUCCUGUCCUAUCUUCGAUGGCAGAGGCAUGGUUCCAGUUCAGGGGGGAGUGGGGAACAAGGCAUGGUCAGGUCAAUCGAUUUUAUUUAAAUAUAUUUUUAGUUUUCUUGUCUUCAUCACAACAACAAGGAUAUAAAAAAUAAUAAUGCAACUCAAAUCUUGCAUUUCGCCGAUGAAAUCGAAGACCGGUCCCUUUAAAAUUAUCAUCUUAUUAUCACAUUAACAAGGUCAAGCAACCUGGAGCCAACCAAAUUCCACCAACCCCUCAACUGCCCAGAUGCUGGUAAGUGCUGCAGUUCAAGAGCUUCAUUUUCAAGUAGCUUCAAGUUUCAAAAUUGACAAUGCCGUCCUCAUUUUAUAGACUCUUCUAUGUUUGAUAUUAUUAAGCACAACAAGUAUGGAUGUUCUUUCAUUAACACGGAUGCCCAGUUUUCUAAAACCCGAAAUACCUAAUUGCACCUCACAAUGCAAGCGUUCCCUCGGUCACAGUAGUCAUGUAAGGGCGAGCACGAGAUUUCCUGGGGAGUUAGCAUUGACCCACAAAGUGCUCGAUGAAACUCCACUGUCAGAUACUUUUGCUUGGAAUAAUCUUAUUCACACUCAUUUGAGUAAUAGAGACCCGGGUGGUGCAUUGUCAAUUUAUCAUCACAUGAUGAUGCGUGGUGCCUGUCCUGAUCGCCGCACCCUUCCUCGUGUUUUGACCGCGUCUCGAAUUUGUGGUGAUCUGUUUCUUGGCAAACAGCUUCAUGGGCAGGCUAUUAAACUUGGGUUCUUCGACGAACAUUAUGUUAUUACAGCGUUGAUUGAAAUCUAUGGUCGUCUUGAUGGCAUUGAAGCGGGAAAAUGGUUGUUUGAUAAAUCUCCUAGAAGGAAUUCUGUUGCUUGGACUAUGAUACUUAAGCUGUACCUAAUGGAAAAUAAGCCUGAUUUUGCAAUCAAUGUGUUUUAUCAGAUGGUGGAGUUGAAUGCGCGGAUUGAUUCAGUGGUGUUAAUAACCGCUGCUGGGGCCUGUGGCUUAUUGAAAUCAGUGGAACAUGGAAGGAGGGUUCAUGAUGUGGCAAGGAAAUUCCGAUUGGAGUCUGACAUUUUGGUUAGCAAUUCGCUCCUGAAAAUGCAUAUUGAUUGUGAAAGGAUGGAAGAUGCAAGGGGAUUUUUUAAUCAGAUGACAACCAAAGAUGUUAUAUCAUGGACAGAAAUCAUACGUGGGUAUGUGAAGAAGGGGGAAUUUAACGAGGCCCUGAAACUGUUUCGGAAGAUGAAUAUGGAUGGAAUAAAACCGGACUCGCUUUCGGUUUCUAGUGUUCUUCCAGCUUGUGCAAGAACAGUAGCUCAUAAGAACGGGAAAGAGAUUCACGGAUACUCACUUAGAAAUGGAAUGGACAGCAAUCUUAUAGUUCAAAAUGCUACCAUGGACAUGUAUGCCAAAUCAGGACUAGUUGAUUAUGCUUUGAAAGUUUUUGAAAGAAUGAAGAAGAGAGAUGUUAUUUCAUGGACUGUGAUGAUAUUAGGCUUUAGCUUACAUGGAAAAGGUGAGCUUGGAGUAGAAUUUUUCUGCAGGAUGGAGAAGGACCAGAGAGUAGAGGCUGAUCAAUUCACGUAUGCAGCUGUUCUACACUGUUGCACUGCAGCCUGCAUGGUCGAGGAAGGAAAGUUUUACUUCAAUUGUAUCAAGGAGCCUAACAUUACACACUAUGCUUUAAUGGUAUCUCUUCUUGCUCGUGCUUCCCUUUUUGAUGAGGCAAGAGCCUUUAUGGAGGAGCAUCACAUUGAAAGGCGUGCAGAGGUGCUGAGAGCGCUGCUAGAUGGGUGCUGGAUGCACCAUAGACGAAAUAUAGGUAAGCAAGUCUUUGAGCAGCUUUGUGAUUUGGAACCUCUUGAUGCUGAAAACUACGUGUUGCUGGCCAACUGGUAUUCAGGUAAUGGAAAAUGGGAUCUGGUUGAUAAAUUGAGAGAAACAAUAAUGGGCAUGGGCUCGAAACCUAAGAAAGCUUAUAGUUGGAUAGAGUUCCAAAAUAAAGUUCACGUGUUUGGAACUGGAGAUAUCUCCCACCCAAGAUCAGAGAGAAUAUAUACAGAGUUGCAAGGCUUGAUGAAAAAAGUGAAAGCUAAAGCACAGAGGCCUGGUUCAGGUUUUAGCUUCCAUGGCGUGGGUGAAGAGAGGGAGUGCAUUCAAAUUGGGCACAGCGAAAUGUUGGCACUUUCUUUUGGGCUUAUCUGCACACAGCCCGGGGCAACCAUUCGCAUCACCAAAAACCUCCGUAUGUGUCGUGGAUGCCAUGAUUCUACAAAGCUCGUUUCUAAGAUAGUGGAGCGAGAAAUCAUAUUGAAGGACCCAAAUUGUUUCCAUCAUUUUAAGGAUGGAUUUUGUUCAUGUAGAGAUUUUUGGUGAUUCAGUUUUCAACAUCUUGAUUUUUGUAUCCAGGUCAUCAAACUGCUGAGGUCAGAAUUUCUACUUCUAAUAUUCUCUGUCCAAUCCAUUUUUUUUUCCGAAAGACAGAAGCAGAAACACCAAGUUACUGGCAAAAUCAGAUUGAAACAGAAUGAGACUCCUGUGUCAAUUUGCAAACAAUCAUGUGAAUUGAUAUUGAAAUUUAGAUUUUUCAUCCUGUUAA